UUGAAUCCAGAUCCAGAUCCAGAGGUCUGCCCUUUUCCAGUCCAGAUCCAGCCACGACGAGGUUUUCAUUGUUUGCUUUUUCCAGAUCUGAGAGGACGAGGAGCCUAACUCUGUUAUCCCGUUAAGAUGGCAUACGCAGGUAUCCAGAUGUUCAUGGACCAGUUGAACCAGCUUAUUAACUGCAAUGACAUUCCAUUCUUCAACAACCUCUCUGUUGUAUCCGAAAGGCCUCAAUUCCAGUUUCUCUAUGACGAGCUUGGCUCCAUGAUGAAAACCCUUUUCAUCGACCAACAUCAAGACAUCCAAAAACUUAAUGAUCUGAAGAAGAUUCGCAUAUGCAGCAGAACAGGCACAAUAUAUCGUCGAUCUCUUUCUAUCCGGUGUUCACAGUGAACAUUCUGAGGACUUUAAUCCCUCUCUAAAUCUUGAUGACGUUAGAACAUCAUUAAACUCUAUCAAAGUUGAAUUCAUGAGUAUGAAAUUCGAUAGCAUGAAGAUGGAAUCAUCUCCAAGACCUGAAAGAAUGUUAAAUCAAUCUGCUGCUGCUGCUGCUCGAAUUUCGUUCAACAGAAAUUCAAAACGAUUGGAUGAAAUCGUAGUGGGGAUGGAUGGUGAUGCUGAGCUGAUAAGAGACAAACUUGUGGAAGAUCAAAAGAAGCUAGAUGUUAUCUCUAUUGUUGGUAUGGGUGGAAUUGGCAAGACUACACUCGCCACCAAAGUGUUCAAUGAUGGUUAUGUUAAGCAUCAUUUCUAUGUCCGUGUAUGGGUCACUGUUUCUCAAACAUAUGAUAAGCGGGCUGUGUUGAUUCAAAUUCUGGCAUCCAUGGAUGUAAAACUAGAAUUUGAAAAGACUAGUGACUCUAAACUUCAUGAAAUGGUGCACAAAUACUUAAUGAAUAAGAGAUAUUUGAUUGUGAUUGAUGAUAUUUGGAACAUAGACACAUGGGAUAAUUUGAAAUUAUUUUUCCCCCAUGACAACAACGGAAGUCGAAUUUUGCUCACCAGUCGCCUCACUGAAGUUGUUAAGCAUGCAACUUCAAAUGGACUGAUUCAUCACUUAGGACAUUUGAGCAAAGAAAGAAGUUGGGACUUGUUGUGUCAGAAGGUGUUCCAUGGCAAUGAGUGCCCUGAAUGGUCAAUUAAACCUGGAAUGCAAAUAGUUGCAAAUUGUCAAGGAUUACCACUAGCUGUAGUUGUCAUCGCAGGAGUUUUAGCCAAAGAAGCAUGUAGUGAAAAGUUGUGGGAGGAAAUUUCUUACAAGACGGGUUCAUAUCUUGUAGGUGACCAAAAUGGAUGCCUAGAAAUAUUAGCUUCAAGUUACAAUCAUCUUCCUCUUCAUUUGAGAGAGUGCUUUCUUUAUCUUGGUGGCUUACCAGAGGACUACGAGUUUGAGGUACGAUGGCUGAGUUGGUUAUGGGUGGCUGAGGGGUUUAUUCAACAAGGUGGAGAUCGAUGCUUGGAGGAUGUUGCAGAGGGUUACUUGAUGGAUCUAAUUGACAGAAAUCUUGUAAUUGUAGUAGACAGGAGGGAGUCUGAUGGAGGUGUCAAAGCUUGUAAAGUGCAUGAUCUUGUUAAGGAGCUAUGCCUGAAAAAAGCCAAGGAAGAAGGAUUCAUCCUUCAAACAGAAAGACUAAUAUUGUCCUCUGAGCUUUCGAAUGUCACUACACUCCGACUGCAUGAAAAGGCUCACUUGAGGUAUCUUGCAAUCCAGAAUUCAUCAGAAGAUUUCCCAUCUUCAAUAUGCGAUUUAUGGAACCUUCAAACUCUCAUUUAUUUUUCAUGUCGUGAUACUGUUUUACCCCGUAACAUAUCAGAUUUAGUAAGUCUGAGGCAUUUGAGUUAUAAUCCUUCUAACAGUGGAUGUUUGUACUUGAAGAACAUAUUUUUUCUUCCUUCCAUUGACAAACCAAUGAAAUUGCAAACAAUUUCACAUGUGGUGUUGGGAGAUGGUGUAGAUAAUUUUCAAAAGUGUUUUCCCUACAUUAAGGAACUUACAUGUACUACAUACACAGAAAAGGAAAAUGACUUCCAAUCUCUCACCUACCUUGAAAAGCUCAAGUAUAUUGGAAUCUGGGAUUCAUGUAUGGAUGAUAGUCCCAAAGGUGAGCCAAGCUAUCAAAAGAAUCACAUUACAUUCCCAGAAACAUUGAAAACACUUACGCUAAAAUGGUGCGCUCUACCAUGGAGUGACAUGUCAAUCAUUCAGUCAUUACCUAAUCUCCAGGUUUUAAAACUAAAAAGAAAUGCCUUUAUGGGAAGCUGCUGGAAGGCAGAUGAACAAGAGUUUCGACAGCUAAAAUUCUUGAGACUUGAAAAGUUGGAUAUCAAACUGUGGGAAGCCUGUAGUUCAAGCUUCCCGUGUCUCAGACAAUUAGAAAUAUUAUUCUGCUACGAUCUCGAAGAGAUCCCCCUUGAAAUAGGGGACAUACCAACACUUGAGCUCAUCAAAAUCAUGUAUUGUAAGCACUCGGUUGGUGAAUCUGUUAGAAGAAUUGAGGAAGAGCAACAAAAUAUGGGAAACUACGAUCUUAAGACUGACGUCCUCUACUUAGUGGAUUAAGAUGCAUAGAAAGAUGCAGAAAUCAACCAUUCUGGCUGCCAAUUUUUUUUGCAGUUAGUCUUAGUCUGAGGCUACUAAUUUUGGUCUUGUUUUGUACAGUGAGUCUGAAAACAUUUUGAUCUAUAAAGUGU